GUACAACCCUUCGAAGAUCGUGGUGUAGUCACUGUGCAGUCGGGUUUCACUGGUUUACGUAAUAUUGGGAACACUUGUUUUAUGAAUGCAACAUUGCAAAUGCUUGUAAAUAACAUUGAGCUCAAAACAUACUUCUUGGAAAAACAUUACAAACUGGAUAUCAACCCGAACAAUCCGCUUGGAUUUAGGGGACGUCUUGCUGAAGCCUUCGCUGAUUUCAUGAGACAUAUGUGGAAUUGUCAGAAUCGCGCUAUCGAGCCAGCUAAAAUAAAAGAACUUGUUGCUGAAAAAGCGUCUCAGUUUGCAAACUUUGCUCAACACGAUGCACAUGAAUUCUUGUCGUUUUUGCUGGAUGGGCUUCAUGAAGAUCUUAACAGAGUAAAAUCGAAACCACUUACGACAACUGUGGAAGGUGAUGGCAGAUCAGAUGUUGAUGUGUCGAAUGAGGCUUGGUAUAACCACACGCUAAGAAAUGACUCCAUAUUUGUGGACUUGUUCCACGGUCAAUUGAAAUCCCGCCUGCAGUGCCCAAAGUGUGACCGGGUCUGUGUUUUAUUUUUUGAGGUAUCCAUAACGUUUGACCCAUUUGUGUACCUACCUGUGCCAUUUCCAAAAGUCAAGAAGUCCACUACAUUGUUUUUCUGGCCUAUUGAUCCUCUGCUAAAGCCUUUGGAGAUCACGGUGCAGUAUUCGUCUGAAGGUACGGUACAAGAUCUUCUCGGAGCUUUAUCUGAAGUCGUGCGAGUUCCUACUAAAGCUCUCCGUCUUGUCGAAGUGUUCAGCCAUCGUAUACAGAAGAUCUUCUCGCCAGCCGACAAGGCCAGUGAAAUUUGCAGUGGAGAUGUGUUGUAUGCGUGA